UCAAAUCAUUCCCCGCCCCAUAAAGAUCAGUGGACGGUCGAGAAUCUAUCACGCCGACGUAAUCCACGUCCCCGCGUCGCACCGAAUAAAACUUAUCUUCCCCUGUUCCAUUAUAUGCUCCGCCUCUCACCGGCUCUCUUCUCGUGGUCAGUUUCAAUCUUUCUCGGUCUUUUCUACUUCUUACAGGCGGCCAGCGAGCAGGGGUUUUUAUUUGCAAAGCAUAAUGGCUGAUCAGCACCAGCAUCCAUCUGUCAUUCAGAAGGUAGCUGGCAAUCUACAUCUCACUUCCAAUUCCCAAAUGUGCUAUCUGGGAUAUCAGCGGCCUGCUCUUUAUGGGGGGCAGUACAGCAAUUACUCUAGGGCAGCAAUGCAUUACCCUGUAACUCCAAUGUGUCAAGCUACACAUGAUCUAUCACUGGUUGCGGCAAAUGCUUCACCUGUGUUUGUUCAAGCUCCCUCCGAGAAAGGCUUCGCUGGCUUUGCCAUUGAUUUUCUCAUGGGUGGAGUUUCAGCUGCUGUGUCAAAGACAGCUGCUGCUCCAAUUGAGCGUGUGAAGCUUUUGAUUCAAAAUCAGGACGAGAUGAUUAAGACUGGUAGGCUUUCUGAACCUUACAAGGGAAUUGGUGAUUGUUUCAGUCGCACAAUGAAAGAUGAAGGGAUGGUAUCAUUAUGGAGGGGGAACACUGCUAAUGUUAUCCGUUAUUUUCCCACUCAGGCCCUGAACUUUGCAUUCAAGGAUUAUUUCAAGCGGCUUUUCAACUUCAAGAAAGAUCGCGAUGGCUACUGGAAAUGGUUUGCUGGCAACCUGGCAUCUGGUGGUGCUGCUGGUGCUUCUUCACUACUCUUUGUUUAUUCGCUGGAUUAUGCUCGAACCCGUCUUGCUAAUGAUGCCAAGGCAGCAAAGAAGGGAGGAGAGAGACAGUUCAAUGGCUUGAUUGAUGUCUACAGAAAGACGCUACAGUCAGAUGGUGUUGCGGGCCUUUACCGUGGUUUCAACAUUUCAUGUGUUGGUAUAAUUGUGUACCGUGGAUUGUACUUCGGAUUAUAUGACUCAGUGAAGCCGGUGGUCCUCACCGGGAAGUUGCAGGAUAGUUUCUUCGCUAGCUUUGCCCUUGGUUGGCUCAUCACCAAUGGUGCUGGUCUUGCAUCGUACCCAAUUGACACAGUCCGCAGGAGAAUGAUGAUGACGUCUGGCGAAGCUGUGAAGUACAAGAGCUCGCUGGACGCAUUUUCUCAGAUCCUCAAGAACGAGGGUGCUAAGUCACUGUUCAAGGGUGCAGGUGCUAAUAUCCUUCGUGCAGUUGCUGGUGCUGGUGUGCUUGCCGGCUACGAUAAGCUUCAGUUAAUUGUGUUUGGAAAGAAGUAUGGUUCUGGGGGAGCAUAAUUCUUUGGUCACAUCACAUGGCAUGGAUGGUGAAGAAAAUCUUUUUUGCAGGUAAUUUUGGGAAUUAACACCCAAUGCAACAUUUGUUUUGUUUGAAAUAAAUAACCAAACUUAGGGUGGUUUGGGAACCAGAUAUUGUUUAUCACAGGAAGUUUUCUUCCAGUGAACCUAUUACCUAUAGAUUAUUGCAGAGUUUACAAUUGUGCGGCACUGUUAAGAAUAAUAUUUAUGCAAGCAGAUAUUAUUUAUGCUUCUCUAA